AUGCUGGCGCUGUACAGGAAGAUUUUCUUUUGGAGAGAAGGUGGGGGAAAAGGAAUGGAAACCAGAGAGAGGGACCUAGUAAGCAUUUGGCAGGUAUGGUUCCAAAACCGACGAGCGAAACAUCGAAAACAGGAAAAACAGUUAAAUAAGACUCUCAAUCCUCAUCAAGCCAUAUUCGCAGCUAAUCCAGCCAGCAAUAUUAUGCGUCAGGGAAUGUACCCGUCACCACUUGGAAAUCCACGGGAUAGUUUUUGGUACCCCUCAUAUCCGCGACAGAUGCCCUAUCCGACAGCUACACCACCAUAUUCGACAAAUUCCUUCACAAAUCCAAUAACAAAGUAUGCUUUUCAGCAAUUUUAUUGA